UCAGAAGAAAAAGAAGAAGAAGAAGAAGAGGAGGUGGAGCGAGGGGGAGGGGGGGGGGAGGGAAGGGGGAGAAAAAUAGGAGGGGGAAAGACUAGCAAUAUGGUCAAAUGAUGGGCUCUGCUGAGAAGACUGAUUGAUAGACAAGAGGGGGGAGUAUCUCGUCGAGCUCAGAGAAAAGGGGCAGCAAGGAACGUAUAGAUGGAUUUGUGGCAAGUCGUACGAGUAAAAAACAAGGAAUAAAAAAAAAAGCGGAAAAACAAAAACACGCGGGAAGUCUCUGCCCCGGGACGUCGGAAUGCCUCCUGCUGCUGCUUUUGCAUAGGAGAGAGAAUACUAAUAAGGUAUAGAUUGUAGUGUUGCUUUGCGGCUGUUGUUUUGCGGUGAAGUCCUUUGAACUAGUUCUUUCAGCCAAAGCAGCUACCACCUGCAAUUGAAGUAUAAUUGUGUUGGACUUGUUUGUGGCCAAGGGUUGCUUACAGGAGCAGGGAACAGGAGAGAGAGAGAGAGAGAGAGAGAGAGAGAGAGAGAGAGAGAGAGAGAGAGAGAGAGAGAGAGAGAGAGAGAGAGAGACCGCGAUGUUAAAUCGCUUGUGUGUGUGUGUGUGUGUGUGUGUGUGUGAGAGAGAGAGAGAGAGAGAGAGAGAUGGUUUGACUAACCGUGAUGUUGAGUGAGUUUCUUCGAGGGAACGAAGCCGUUCUGAAUGUGUAUGAAUGUUCCGCUGAAAGAUCGACGAAAGAGUCUGGCGCAGUCGAGAGCUUAAACGAGAAGGAGGAGGAGGAGAAGAAGGGAGGAGAAGGAGAAGGAGAAGGGAGGAGGAGGAGGAGGACGUUAGAGAGGCGGAGGACGGAGAGGAGGAGGAGCAGAAGGAGAAGGUGGAGAGGGGGAGGAGGAGAAGGGGGGGAGGAGGAGAAAGGGGGGAGGAGGAGGGGGGAGAGUAGUAGUAGAAGGGGGAGGUGGUGGGAUAAGCGGAAGGAGGAGGAGGAGAAGGAGGUGAGAGAGAAGGAGAGGGAGGGGAAUGAGGAGUAUGAGGAGGAAGAAGAGAAAAGUGCAGAGGAGAAAAGUGCAGAGGAGAAAAAUACAGAGGAGGAAGAGGAGGAGGAGAAGCCGUUCAUAGUAACCACUGACGCAAGCCAAUAUGGCAUUGGCGCAGUGCUGGCUCAGCAGGAUGGGAAAAAGUUGAGACCGAUUGAGUACAUGAGUAAGAAAAUGCCAUCGAAGAAGUUGGCUAAGUCCACCUACGAAAGGGAACUCUAUGCUCUCUACAAGGUAUUUGUCCAUUGGAGACACUUCCUUUUGGGAAGGUUCUUCUAUCUGAGGACUGAUCAUCAGACCCUCAAAUGGAUCAAGACUCAACCGGCUCUUUCUGAUGCACUCAAGCGAUGGAUUGAAGUCAUAGACCAAUACGACUUCAAGCUUGAGUACCUGAAGGGAGAGUAUAACAAGGUUGCAGACGCGCUAUCCCGUAGAGCAGACUACCUAGGUGCGCUAGUUUCUGACUUUGGCAUAUCUGAAGAAGUAACUCAAUCAUUGGUGGGAGCCUAUCAUGAAGACCCUGUCAUGAUGGACAUCAUCCGCAAACUUCAGGUGAAAGACAAGGCCACAGAAAGAUUGAGUGUUUCCAUGGAUUUCAUGGACACUCUUGUGACCAGCAAGAGUGGUAAGAGGCACAUUUUCGUCAUCAUUGACCGAUUCACCAAAUACGCUAGACUAAUUCCAAUGCCAGAGACAGGCAGGACAGAAUACGUCAUCAAGUUGUUCAAGGACAACUUGGUAAGGGACUUUGGUUUACCAAAGACCAUCAUUAGUGACCGAGACGUCCGAUUCACAAGUGAGCUGUGGAAGAAGACUGCGGAACAGAUGGGCAGUCAACUUCAGAUGACUUAAGGGAAUCAUCCCGAAGCCAACGGUCAGGCCGAACAAAUGAAUAGAGUUGUA